AUUAUGUCCACUAGUAACAACUAAACAGGAGAACAAAAAACAAUGGCUAUUUUUUAAACAACUCAUGAAAUCAAGUUUAAUGAACCCAAAAAUAACGAAAGACAAUAGAAAUAAAAUGAAAUUUUAUCUAAAAUAGAUUAAAACAUUAAAGAAUACAUCGAAUUAUCAUUUGAAAAUUGCAAUUAAGAUUGUUAAAAAAAAAUUGCAGAAGUACAAAAGAAUAUUAAAGAUGUUUUAAUAUAACAUUCAUUAGGACAAAAUAAUUGGAAUCCAUCGUAAAAAAACCCCUAAUUCUGUUAAGGACCUCGUCUAUAGGUAUCAAAUUAAAUUAUUAAUAAUGGCAAAUUCCCCUAAAGUAGGAAUUAUACUCAGCAAUAAACAACUAACAUGAAUAAUUUUAAUUCAGGAUAAUGAUGAGUAUUAACAUCGAUUAUGUUAUUAAUGCAC